AGUGUCGCUGUGAAUUCCUCAUCUCCAAUUUCCUUCCAAUUCUCCAAUUUCGCCUUUCGCUUUCGCUCCGAUCCCGAGGAACAGGGUUUUCACUUUUCACUGUUCCAUUCAGUUUCUGAGCUCAACUCGCUUCCGAUUCGCCGCGCGCCAAAACGAUUCGUUUUUGGACUUUAGCGUCGCGUCCUAUUCCGAGAAAUUAUAUAAUAAAAGAUGAGACGAUUGAAGAAUGACAUUAAUGAAGAUGAGGUGCUUCCCAAUGAUCAGACUGGGGCACAGCUGAAUGGGGCACAGCUGAAUGAUGAGGGUUCUGAAGGAAGUGCUGGCGUUGUUCUGAAGAAAGGACCAUGGACAUCAACUGAAGAUGAUAUUUUGGUGGAUUAUGUCAAGAAGCAUGGGGAGGGGAACUGGAAUGCUGUUCAGAAGCACACAGGGCUAUUACGUUGUGGAAAAAGUUGUCGGCUGCGAUGGGCUAAUCAUCUUAGGCCAAAUUUGAAGAAAGGUGCAUUUACUGCAGAAGAGGAGCGGUUGAUUGCUGAACUUCAUGCCAAAAUGGGAAACAAAUGGGCACGCAUGGCAGCACAUUUGCCUGGUCGUACAGAUAAUGAGAUAAAAAACUACUGGAACACCCGGAUCAAGAGGCGUCAACGGGCUGGAUUGCCACUUUAUCCACCAGAAGUGUGUUUACAAGCUUUACAAGAGAGUCAACAUAGCCAAAGCUCUGGUGGACUUAAUGGGGACAAUAAAAUGCAUCCUGAUUUCUUGCAGAAAAACAGUUAUGAGAUACAAGAUUCUAUAUUUGACAGUCUGAAGGAUAAUCAGGGAAUCAUACCUUAUAUGCCUGAGCUUUCUGAUAUUUCUGUCUAUGGCAAUAUGCUGAAAGGUUUUGAUUCUUCUCAGUAUUGUAGUUUUGUGCCACCAACAUCACCUAAGCAUAAGCGUCUUAGAGAGUCAACAAUACCAUUUAUUGAUUCCAGUGAUAUGAGCAGAAAUGGUUUAUAUCCAUUUGAUCAAAUUCGGGAUAAUAAUUCUGAUGAGAUAGCACAAUCAUUUGGAAUGCCAGCACCCCUUGAUCCUGGUCCCUCCUCGCACAGCUCAAUUUGUUACAGCCAUUCACUUUCAAAUGGCAAUUCCUCUACUUCUAAGCCAACUUAUGAGGCUGUGAAGUUGGAGCUCCCUUCACUCCAAUAUCCAGAACUUGAUUUAGGUAGCUGGGGUACAUCUCCCCCACCUUCUUUGCUCGAGUCAGUUGAUGAUUUCAUUCAGUCUCCUACACCAAUUAGUACUCUGGAGUCAGAUUGUUCUUCUCCACAAAAUAGUGGCCUUCUGGAUGCUUUACUUUAUCAAGCAAGGACUCUGAGCAGUUCAAAGAACCAUUGUUCUGACAAGAGUUCAAAUUCUUCUACUGCAACCCCUGGUGACAGAGCAGACAGCUCUGCUUUGAAUGUGCACGAGACAGAAUGGGAAGACUAUGCUGAUCCGGUAUCCCCAUUUGGUGCAACUUCAAUAUUGAACGAGUGCCCUGCUCUUAAUGCAAAUGCAAAUUCAUUGGACAAACAGCUACCCGUUCAGACCUUUAAUGGCGACAUUCUGAAAUUAGAGUCUGUUGACGAGGUUUGGACUCCUAAUGGUGAAAAUCAAACACUGUCCCUGUUGAAUAUUACACGUCCAGACUUCUUGCUUGCUUCAGAUUGGCAUGACCUGAGUUCUGGGCAUGGCAAGAACCUAGCCUUCACAACGGAUGCUACGACGACCCUUGGCCUUGGAGAUGAUUUAGCCACUGAUCAUAAGCAUGUGACUGCUGGAACUUCCAAGUCAAGUCAAAUGUGGGGGUUUGGUUCUUGUGCAACUGCAAUGAUUGGUUAAGAAAACUUAAAUGAGAUAUGAGAUUUGAAACCCUUCUACUAGUUGAUUUGUGUUGACAUGGUAUCAGAGCCAUUUAGAUCCACUU